CUGUCUGGCUACAGGAUGUCUUGCAACAACACUGUCACUCAUCUUCAAGUGUCCUCAGUUGGGCAGGCAAAGCAAGAGCCUGUCCAUCUCCUGCCCUGUGAGAUUGAACACAACGGGCCGGCCAAAGUCUCUGAGUUUUUCACCUCUACCACAAAAGAUCACAAACAAGAGAAGACGGUGUCAUUCAGAGGACGUGGGCUGAAGGGCCAGGAGAUUGCCCUUCCACAAGGCUACACAGGCUUGGUGCUUAAAGAGAUCAACAAGCCUGGCUCUGAUCAAGAGGACAGGACUGUGAGGGCGUCGUCUGUGUUUGACUCACUGACCUACUGGAACCUGGAGACUCCACCAAAUUCAGAUGACCCUGUGGUGAUGGCAAUGGAUUGGCCUGAGCUGGCUGAUGCGAUCCAUGGACCAGUUGCAGACUGA